AUGCAAUCCGCCGCUACAAGCCCAGAGAUGAUCCAUGUUGUCUGCAAAGCCGACAACAGCAAACACGCUGUGGUGAGUAUUCCUUCGUCGGUAGACCAGAAGCUGCCUUCCUCGUCGCUCCGUGCGCGACCGAUCCUUCUAGGAUUGACUUCCAACAACCUCAGUUACGCCCGUGGAGGAGAUUUACUGCAUUGGUGGAAAACGCACCCGGUCCCACUUACCGCGCCGUCCCCAUACAACGACCAGUCUCUCUGGGGCAUCGUCCCGGCAUGGGGAUACGCUACCGUCACCGAGAGUAAUGUUCCUGGCAUCCCGUCAGAUUCCCUCAUCUGGGGAUACUGGCCUACCUCAACGUCGCUCACUCUCCUGCGCCUCGAACCUAGCAAUCCUGAAGGCCACUGGGUGGAGGUUAGUAGCAAUAGACAACAGCUGAUGCCCAUAUACAAUCGCUACGAACAAGUGCUCCCUGACGAAGAAAAGAAACUGGACGAGAGGGCGUGGAAUGCCCUUUUGCGAGGGGUCUGGGUCGCCGGGUACCUGCUGAUUGAGUAUGUGUUUCCUCCUGACCUGCGAGAACGAGAACCAGUUCACCCGCUUGGCGCGGCGAGCAAACUCCCCUGGUCUGCAGACGAUGCGGACCCCUCAUCUGCUGUUGUGGUGGUUUUGGGUGCGUCGACCAAGGUUGCGCGCUCGUUUUCAUGGUGUCUCUUUGAUCGGCCUAGGGCAAGUGGUCCUCUGGGUUUGGUACAGGUUACUUCAUCGCCGGGUGUUGUACAGGAGGUGGCAGAUAGAAAGGGCUGGGGGGAUGUGUCCAAGGCAUUUGCAUAUACGGAAAUCGACCAAGCAACCGGGUGGAUUGAGGGUCUGCAGCCGACAAAGGUGGUGAUCAUAGAUUGCGGGGCGCGAGAGAAUACCCUCGGUCAGAUAUCCCAGAAUCUUCGAGAGUCGGCGCUCCGGUCAUGCAAAACUGUCAUUCUGCAGGUGGGCAGUCAACAGAAGGUGUACACGACGGAAGAACUCCAGGCAGCGCGUGCAGCUAUGCAAUCGCUGGGAAAGAUCCAGUACAACACUUCUGGCAUCCAGGACACAAUCAUUGACCGGGAGGGUGCUGCAACAUAUUUCGGAAUGGUCUCGCGCAGGUGGAAGGAAUGGUUAGCAGACCGUACGUCCGCUAUCCCAGACAUGCAUUUGGUCUGGGGACAGGGCAUCGAUGGAGAGAAUGGGAUUUACGGGGGCUGGGAACGUCUUUCAAAUGGGGAUGUGCGCCCUGAAGAGGGAUUGGUUUAUGCCUUGUAG